CAGCGUCCAUCCAUGGAGGUGACCACCGUGUCCCCAUCUCCCACAUCAGCCACUGAAGGGGACGAUCUCUGUGACAUAGAUGUCACCAGUGUGGCCAUACACAGUGUGACACUGCUCAUCAGCCUCUGUGGGCUGGCUGACAAUGGGGCUUUCCUCUACCUCCUUGGCCUGAAAUGGCGUAACAUUGGCAUCUUUUUCCUGGCUCUUCUUGACUUCCUCUUCCUGCUCUUCACAGUCCCCUCUGCCCUCCUCUUCCUUGUGGAGGACGUGUCCUGCUCUUUUAUCCUGCCCCUGCUGUACUUGAGUUUCCUUCUCCAGCUGCCAUGGUCCUUCUGCUACUGGGCACUGUUCUGGCUGAUGUUAAUCAGCCAUAAUCGAAACAUGUACAAGCCCUGCAUGCUCUGCUGUUGCUGCAACCUUCCUGAGUGCCUCUUGUGCUUGAUGGACACUGUCCACUACUGCAUAUUUCUUGCUCUCUUCAUUGUCAUUUGUGUAAUGCCAUACCUGUGCCAAUCACACCAGCAGGGGCACUGCAGGGCAGCUCUCAUCUCCAUGCACACCCUCAUCCUGCUCCUCUUUGCUGCACCCAUACUCAGUUUUCACACAAUCAACUUCAUUAAGGCCAAGAGGGGCUCCAAUCAGCAGAAAACCAAGAGGCAAGACACGGUUAUCUCCCUCAUUGUGCUCUUCAUUGUCCUUCUCAGCCUCUUCAAUUUCCUGCUGCAGCUUGGCUACACCUUUGUGUCUUCUCAAGUUCUUUUCCUGCUCAGCUGCAUCCUCAGCAGCAUCAAACCCUUCAUCUACUUCUUGGCAGGGAGGUGCUGGAGGCCCUGCUCCCUGAAAUCCCUCCGGCUCUCCCUCCAGAGGGCCUUUGAGGAGCCACAAGAAAGCGCUGCCCACAGCAGUGACCCUGCCUUGGACACUGUGCCCUGAGCCUGCUGAUUCCUCCUGCUGCACUCCUGAGGGCCCCUGGGACAGUGGCUGAGGGAUUCCUUAAGUCCCCUGAAGAAUAAAUAUCCAAAGUGUCACCGUCCCUGUGCUGGUGCAUCCCCUCUCCCUUUCCAGGCCGUGCUGGGAUCUCAGGAAGGCUCCGCAGGCCUCAGCGCUGAGGAGCAGCCCCUGGCCUGGUCACAAACACCCUCUGCUCCAGGAGCUGCUGCUGUCCAGCCUCCUCUGGGGUGUAUGAACAGCCUUGGAGAU